AUGAGAUUUUCAGUAUGUCACGUACCAAACAGAUUGAACAGCCUAGUCUCUGUGUGUUUGCAUUCACUAAGAAGCUACAGUUUUAAAACCUUAUCUCAUUAUGAAGUGUUAGGGGUGAGCUCAAAAGCCACCAGGAAAGAAAUUAAGGCAGCUUUUAUAGAAAAAUCAAAAAAGCUUCACCCAGAUAGAAAUGUUAACGACCCUAAAACACAUGAUAAAUUUAUUCAGUUAAACGAAGCCUACACGACUCUCAGUGAUCCUGGUUUGAAGAGUCUGUAUGAUGCCAGAAAGGGAUUUAUGGGCCGAUCGUCUUACACCAAUCAUCGCUCUCCUCCCUACAACAGUCGACCAAAUCCCGUUAGUCAAGAAUACUACAUGUACGAGUAUAACAGAAAUAGAACAUCAUAUGAAGAUCAACAGAAAGAAGAGGAAGGUAUUAGAAAAACUGGAGUCAGGAUAUUUGUGGCUUUGAUUGGUGUUUAUGUUAUGUUUUUUAUUUUUGAAAGAAUAUUUAAAAAAGCGAAUACUAUAGAUGUUGACUAUACGAACUGGAUACAAAAUCACCAUGAAGCCAAAGCAUUUCGAGAUAAGAUGUACGUCCAGAGAAUUCUAACAGAUUACUUAGAUACAUUAGACCACAACACUCAACAGACUUUACGAUCUUUCCCUCGUACAACACGAUAUCAAAUAUUACUAGAAAUGUACGAAGAGAAAAUGGAUAAGGAAGCUGAAGAGAGAGCAAAGGUCAGGGCUGAUAAAGAAGAAAAAGCGAAAAACUCAGAGAAAGAUUCUGGUACGGAGGAAAUAACAGAUGAUAGAACAAUGACACUUAAUUUAGUAGAUUUAUCUUGUAGUUCAAAUCCCCAGCCUCCAGUCGACACGAGUUGAUAGGGUGUAAAUAAAUAUAGAUAAAUAGAU